CGCGGAAUGGGCCAACUCGUCGGCGGCACCUCACCGCUGCCUCCCAGCUUCCAAAGACCCUGUUUGAAACGAAUUCUUGGCGUGGAAUGGGUUUAGAAUUCCAGGAAGAAAACCCCCGUCCAUUGCAAAGGUGUCAUGACAGAUGUUAAACUUUUCCAGGUGACAUCAGACCAGAGGCAGCGUUAACACACUUUUAGGACUAUAGUCUAUAUACGUGAACUACCACUAUGCCAGGGAAAAAAACCCUCGAAAAGCUCUCUUCCUUGAUCGGUUCUGGUAGUGUGAAAGGGAUUCUUCCCAUUCCAGGGAAAAACACACCUGAGAUGUGGGAGACGCCAAUUCGAUUGAUGGUAGUCGAGACCCUGUUUGUUCGAGAUCAAGUGUCGAGCUCCCGCCGGUUGCUUGCAUCGAUUUUAGAGCCUGUUUGGUUUGGUUCAUAUUUUGGAACUAUAAAUUUUGGCAUCCAUUUGGUUGGAAUCCAAAAGGUAGCCCACCUUACUUGUCAAAAUUUUGGAAAGAAAAUUAUUGCCAAUAUUUUGGCCUGCCCUAGUUUUGGCAAGGUAAAUUUUGGAAUCAAACAAUGCGAAAUUUUGAUCGAACGGCUACUAAUCACACUCAAAUGCUAGUUCAAGCUUCUCCCGCCUGGAGGAGACGGAGGCCGAGAUGCCGCCGCCUUCGUUCGCCUCCAUGGACGCCUUCUACCUUCACCUGCUCCGCUCCUGCGCAGCGCUGCCGCACGUCGCCUCCGUGCACGCCCACAUCGCGCGCGCCCACCCCGCCGCCUCCCUCUUCCUCCGAAACUCCCUCCUCGCUGCCUACUGCCGCCUCGGGGGGCCCCUUCCCGCCGCCCGCCUGCUCGACGAAAUGCCCCGCCGCAACUCCGUCUCCUUCAACCUCCUCAUCGACGCCUACUCCCGCGCCGGCCACGCGGAUCACUCCCUGGAGACCUUCGCGCGCGCGCGGGCCGCGGGGGUCAAGGCCGACCGGUUCACGUACGCCGCCGCGCUCGCCGCGUGCUCACGGGCGGGCGACGUGAGGACUGGAAAGGUCGUGCACGCGCUGGCCAUUCUGGAAGGUCUCGCUAAUGGGGUGUUUUUGUCCAACUCGCUCAUCAGCAUGUACGCUAGGUGCGGCGAGAUGGACCACGCCAGGCGUGUGUUUGAUAUCGCCGAUGAGCAUGACGACGUCUCCUGGAACUCGAUGCUCUCCGGAUACGUCCGGGCUGGUGCGCAUGAGGAGAUGCUAAAGGUGUUCACUCUGAUUUGCCGCCACGGCAUGGGUUGGAAUUCAUUCGCGCUUGGGAGUCUCAUCAAGUGCUUUUCUUCUGGUGUUCAUAUUGCUGGGUACACUGCGGAAGCAAUCCAUGGAUGCGUGGUGAAGGCUGGGCUGGAUACUGACGUGUUUCUUGCAAGCGCAAUGGUCAACAUGUAUGCUAAGAAAGGCACCUUGAGCAAUGCUGUUGCUCUUUUCAAGUUGGUGCAAGACCCAAAUGUGAUUGUUUUCAAUGCAAUGAUUGCAGGAUUCUGUCGGGAUGAAGCUGGAGUUGGCAAGGAAGUCACGAGAGAAGCUAUGAAUCUGUAUUCAGAGCUGCUGAGCCGAGGGAUGCAACCUACUGAGUUCACAUUCUCAUGCGUUCUACGGGCAUGUAACUUGGCUGGUGAAUUUGAAUUUGGGAAACAAAUACAUGGCCAACUAAUCAAACACAGUCUCCAAGGCGAUGACUAUAUCGGCAGUGCGCUCAUUGACUUGUACUCCAACUCUGGUUGCAUGGAAGAUGGAUACAGGUGCCUCAGAUCUCCUUAUAGGCAAGACAUUGUCACCUGGACAUCAAUGAUUUCAGGGUUUGUUCAGAAUGAGCUUUUCGAGAAGGCACUGAGAUUGUUCCAAGAAUUCUUAUGUUAUGGAUUGAAACCUGAUCUUUUCACUAUAUCGAGCGUGAUGAAUGCAUGUGCGAGUUUGGCUGUUGCAAGAACCGGUGAGCAGAUCCAGUGCCUUGCCACGAAAUCAGGUUUUAACCGGUUCACUGUCAUGGGGAAUUCCUGCAUACAUAUGUAUGCUAGGUCAGGGGAUGUUGAUGCUGCAACUCUGAGGUUUCAGGAAAUGGAAUCACGUGAUGUCGUCUCUUGGUCUGCAUUAAUAUCAAGCCAUGCACAGCACGGCUGUGCAAGGGAUGCUUUGCAUGUUUUCAAUGAAAUGAUGGAUGCAAAGGUUAUUCCUAAUGAGAUUACUUUUCUUGGUGUCCUUACUGCAUGUAGUCAUGGAGGAUUGGUUGAUGAGGGACUCAGGUAUUAUGAUAUUAUGAAUAAGGAAUAUGGGCUGGCCCCAACCAUAAAGCAUUGCACUUGUGUUGUUGAUCUCCUUGGACGAGCUGGGAGGCUAGGUGACGCUGAGGCUUUUAUAAGGGAUUCAGUCUUCCAUGAUGAUCCUGUCGUUUGGCGGUCUCUGUUGGCCUCAUGUCGUAUUCAUGGAGACAUAGAGAGAGCUCAACUUGUUGCAUAUCGGAUAAUGGAGCUGGAACCCACGUCCUCAUCAUCAUAUGUUAUUCUUUACAACAUGUACCUGGAUGCUGGGGAGCUUUCCUUAGCUUCAAAAACUAGAGAUCUGAUGAAAGCGCGAGGUGUAAAGAAAGAACCCGGUCUUAGUUGGAUUGAACUGAAGUCUGGAGUUCACUCCUUUGUUGCUGGUGACAAGUCCCAUCCAGAGAGCGAUGCAAUAUAUACAAAACUUUCAGAGAUGCUUUCCAAGAUAGAAAAGCUGGCCAGCACUGGUAAUGCUAGCACAGAGUCAAAUGACAUCUCUAGCAGGGAGCAAAAUUUGGUGGGUUGCCACAGUGAGAAACUAGCUGUGGCAUUUGGAAUGAUUCAUUUGCCACAAUCAGCACCAAUUCGAGUAAUGAAGAACCUGAGAGUUUGCCGAGACUGCCACUCCACUAUGAAACUGAUAUCCGGGAGUGAGAAUAGAGAAAUAAUCUUGAGAGAUGCAAUUCGCUUCCAUCACUUCAGAGGCGGCGCUUGUUCUUGUGGUGAUUACUGGUGAUGACCUGUAGAAUAGCAUUUUUCUAGGUUUUGAGUCCAGGAAAGUAGAUGUGACACUUGCUGUACAUUACAAUUUACAAGUUGCCAUAGCAUGAAAGGGGAAAGACCUGUGCAGUGAUGAAAUAUUUCAUAAGAUAUCUUAACGUACAGCAGUUUAUGCAUUGUUCACCUGUGAAUACACGUACACAGGAGCCUUUAUCCUGUGUUAUAGGUGCGAUGAUGUAUUUGAUAUGUGCUUCAAUCUUGAGUUCUUCCCUGACCAUGUCUCAAUAGUCUGUGCUUAACUGAUGUAGCGAGUGAAGCCUUAAGGGUGAUGAUCAGUGUUAGCUUACUGGACAGUGCUAUGUAAAGGCG